UCUUGGUACUGGGAAGGUUGCUGUGAAGAGACUUUCCAUAACAAUGGGUUUUUCUGACACGCUCUUUGUAGAUGAGAUUAAGUGUUUAAUAAGGACAGAACACCAUAAUAUAGUGAGAUUUCUAGGUUAUUGUGCGGAUACACACGGGGAAUUGGUGCCAUUCAAUGGAAGCUAUGUGCUAGCAGAGGUACCACAACGGUUGCUUUGCUUCGAGUAUGUCCCUAAUGGAAACCUUCAGAAGUAUCUCAAUGAUAAGUCGCAUAAAGAUGACUGGCAAAUACGGUACCAAAUGAUUAUGGGAAUUUGUCAUGGUUUGAACUAUCUCCACAACCAACGUGUUAAUCAUUUAGAUUUAAAACCCGACAAUAUUCUUUUGGAUGCAUGUUUGGAACCAAAAAUCACGGACUUCGGGAUAUCAAGAUGCUUUGAUGAAGGAAUAUCAAGAGUUUACACUAAAAUCGUUCGUGGAACACCGGGUUGUAUUGCACCAGAGAUCAUUGACAGUGGAGAAAUAACGUUCAAGUCAGACAUUUAUGGUUUGGAUAUCAUAAUCAUAAAACUAUUAACUGGGUGUAACAACUAUGACUUUGAAAAUUGGCAUACAUCUGUAGACAUGGACGACGGCCCACAAGUAAAGACAUGUGUUGAAAUAGCUCAAACAUGUGUGGCUUUUAACCAACAUGAUAGACCUGCAAUUGGUGAGAUCAUGCAAAAGUUGGACAACAUAGCGAGGUCGUGAUUCAGAAAGAUAUCACUUACGUUAUUCAAGAUAUAGAGAUGUGAUCAUGUUCUAGU